CAAAAAAUGAAACGAAUUACGUAAAAUUACAUAUGAAAUUCUAGAUUCAUUAAUCGUCCAAAUUAACAUACGAUUUGAAGAUUUUCCAAAACUAGAGUUUGUAGAAAUUGUAAAUGAAAAAAUGUUUAAAAGUUACUACACUCAAUUUCCUGAGGCAAAGUUCAUCAAGUUAUUACAGCAGUACCCUAAUACUUUUGAUGCAGAUCGUUUACGCAAUGAAUUGGCUGUAAUUUAUGCGGAUGAUAAAAAACAUUUGCCUCCUCAUGAACUCCUAGAUUUUAUAAUAAAAAGUGAUUUACAUCAAGAUAUUUAUCCUCAGGUGACUAAACUUUGUCAGUUAGUGUUAACUAUUCCAUCUACGACAGCUUCUAGUGAACGGUCUAUGAGUACAUUAAAUCGUAUCAAGACUUUUCUUAGAAACACAAUGACCAAUGAUCGGCUUUCAAGUUUAUCAUCCUUGGCGAUUGAAAAAAAUCUACUGGGUGAUAUGGCAAAGGAUCCAACCUUUGUAUACAAUCUUAUUGAUGAGUUUGCAGAUAAAAAAGAUCGAAGAAUUGAAUUAGUUUAUAAACAAAUUUAG